AGACACGGUCCCGCAAGCCAGCAUCGACAUGACAUCAGUCCUGGAGGUCCGCGAGGCUGACAGUGUUACGGGGCACCCUCACAGCCUCGGCAUCACCACGCCGGAACGGAUCACUUUCGUCAAAGGAACCUGCAGGGAGGAGACGCGCUGGUGGGCUGAUGUAUUGAGCGUCUACCCUAGGAGUAAGGGUCGACAUAAACGUAACGCUACAUUUCCUGGUGGUCAAACUGCGAGCCUUCUUCAAUCAUCGACAACAAGAAUUCUUCCGCCUACAGAAUAUUCAGCUGAUGCAUCUACGCUUCGGGAUGUGGCUGAAAACUGUGCACCUAGCAGACAGAGGUACUGCUCUGGGGGUACGACGACGUGGCCGGGGCCGAGGGUGCAGCCGCCGCAGCCUGAGAUCCCAAGCCUGGCCGCCGCCACUCAGCCCAUUGACACCAAAGUAUAUACAGAUCAGCCAGUAUCGUCGGCGUCACCUCCCACCAGAGAUAAAAUUAACGGAGAAGAAAAGGCAAGAUCACGGCGUCGGGACACAUGGACAGAAACAACCCCAGCGCCCGUUGCUGAUGAAGCUGGCGUCCGGUCACCGCUGCUUCAACAACACCAUCAGCGCUACGACGAGCAGCUCCGAGACAUUGCGGCGUCGCUCACGAGACCUCGCUCUAGAAGAGCCUUACCGCCGACCCUUGAAAGACCGACCAGGCUGCCACCUGACCGAUUGAAGUCUCGGAACUCACCUGAUGGUGGUGCUCCGCCAGAAGAAGGCAGCUCCAGCUCGGCCAGCGAAGGUAGCGAGCCGACAGAUGCGGUUGAGACCACUGAACCCGGCGAGGGUGGUAGAGUGGAACUACCGGCUGAAAGGUUACUGCAUGCAAGGGCCGGUUGGUUAUACAGAAAAGGUUCAUCAGGUUGGUCACGGCAUUGGUUCGUGCUCAGAGGAGCUGCGCUACUGUACUUUAGAGAUCCACACGCAGAACAGCGAGGACUUAUGGAUGGGGUCAUAGACUUGAGUGGGAUUUCCAGAGUAGUUGAGUUACCGGCCGCAGCGUCAAACACUGGAUAUGGAUAUGCUUUUGAGACAGAGACUUGGGAUGGAAAGCAAAUAGUGUUGUCAGCUGUAACCGCAGGGAUAAGAGCAAAUUGGGUUUCUGCUAUGAAACGAACGGCCGGGCUGCCUGAUACCGGCCCGCUAUCUUUGAUACUAAGGGAAGACUCUAUUGACCAAGCAUCAGAAUCGUCUGCGUCACCAGUGACACCUGUCACACCCGGCACUGGGAAAUCUGCACCAUUCUCGUCUGAUGAAGAGUAUCGAACGGCUUCAGAAGGUGGUCGCAGGGAUAGCGCCGAUUGGGGUGAAGUCGGUGCGCAACCUCCACCGUCUCCAAUAUUAACCCGUACACCUAUUUCCAAAGUUAAAGAAAAAGUCCGUGCACGUGGUAAUCAUCAAACCCCGACUAAAACAGACGCCUCUAAAGACGAAAUCGACGCAACCAAAGAAAAAGAACGCCCGUCCAACGAAGUGGACGAAAACGAAAAGCCGAUAGAACCUAGAAAACGCAGCUACAUAUCGACCAUAGACAAACAAUCGACCGAAAUCGAAGGCUUGCGGAAGCAGCUCAAAAUGGCUGUGAAUGACUUGAACGCCGCCGAAGCGGAACUUGCAAGACUUCAAAAACUAAAGUCUGAAGCCGCUUUACGAGAAACCAAAAUGGAGGAAUUAGUUACAGCCCUACAAAAUAAAGAAGAAGAACUAAUAUUAAGAACUAAGGAAGCCGAGAACUUAGACGCCAUACGACAACUUUACAACCAGGAUAAAACACUGUGGGAGAACAAACUGACUGAGACACAAAACUUCUUGAAGGAAUCCACCGAACACUGUGAGCUGCUGACACAGCAACUUAGCGCAGCGCAGGAAAACAUCAAGCAACUGCAGCGAGAGUUGAAUGAACUAAACGACAAAUUAGUAAAGAGUGUGAAAGAAAACGAUAAUUUAUACACGAGAAUAAGAGAACUAGAAGGUCGCGUGGCCGCCGAGUCACCCUCUAGAGAAAAGAGAAAAAGUAUAGGAUCACUCAGUGAUCUGACUAAUAUCAAACAAGAUUUAAACUUAGAAGCUUUAGAGAAAAAUAGACUUAUCGAAGAGUACGUAGAGUUACGAACGAGGUUCUUAAAAGCUAUACAAGAAAUAAAAGCGAUGAAACAAGAACUCAGAGAAUCACACAAUAUGUACGAUGAACUAGAAGUAACUAACAUGAAAUUAAGAAAUGAAAUGAAACUUAGGGAGCAAUGCAGCCAAUCGGAAAUAGACCUGAUGGCGGCUCGUAUCUUGGAUUUGACACAAAAAUUAACAGCUUCCGACAAACAGGUUCGUACAUUAAAACACAAAAUACAAAAAUCCGAGUCCAGAGACAAAAGACGCAGUCUGUCGUUGAAAGGAAGAGAAUCGUUUACUUUAGGCAAAGAAGUUGAAGAAAAACUGACAGAAUUAGAAAACAAAAUAACGCUAUUGGCUUCAGAACACGUUCCCACGAUUAAUUCACCAUCCAAGAGCUCGUCGCCUGCCAAAGAAAAAACCACGAAACCCGACAGUACCACGGACGAAAAACGUAUGAAAAGGCUCGCCGCUAGAUUACGGAGGAAGUCGCUGGAUAGCGCCACAAGUUCGGAACCUAUGAAAAUGUUAGUCAGAUUAAGUUCGUUAGAAACCAAAGUGGCCUCGGCCUUGGAAAAUCGCCGAGACCUUAUGAACUCCUGUGAGUCGUUGAAUCAAGCCAUAAGAUCAACGGAAAGCCCUAUUUUCAACGACAGUACACAGAGCACAUCUGUCGGCACGCAAUCACAGAGGCAUCUUCUGGACAGAUUACAGAGCCUCGAAAACGUCGUGAUACAUUCGAGAAAUAAAGUAAAUGAAUGUUUGUGUCAGAUGAGCGCAAUGAGAGCCGCAAAGUCAAGGAGGUCACCUUCGCCGAGCCUGGAAAAAAAGUACAGCAUCAAAUCUAUGGAAAAAUGUUUGACAGAAGUCAGUAAGACAUUACAAGACUGCUUCGACAAGUGUGUAGUUGAUUGUGAUCAAGAGCAGCAAGCGAACGACAGCGUCGCCCAAGUGGUCGUACAGCUCGAAGAACAGCUUAGAACAAAAUUAUUAGAAAUAUCUAAAAGGAAAGCAGAGCUGUACGAAGCUGGCGAACUCACGCAAAGAAAGAGUCUCGAACUGCUUGCCGAGAAGCUGGCCUACGAGUCUGUUCUUGUCAGCCGGAUUCAGGAGGCGUUGGAGUCCUCAAACGGAAGUAGGUUCUUUGCAAGGUUAAUUAAAUCAGAGAUUGUCGAAACCAGACAGUUAAUAGACAACCUUAGAAGGCGUCUCAACGGCGAUGGACACACAGACAGCGCCGGCGUCAGAAGCUCUCUCGAUUAUCUUGCAAAAAUUCUUUCGAGAAAAAUCGAUAUCGUUAAUGAAGCUCGCGAAGCUGAAGAUCUCCGACGCUCGGAGCUGAUCAUUCACGCAGCCGAUCUUGAGGCUCUGAAAGCAUCGCAACGGGAGGUCGCCGAGGCCGUGGAUCGAUACAAGACUGAUAAGUUAGGUGAACUCUGCAGCGCCUUGGCUUGCGAGACCCUCAGCUACGCGUCGCCCGAUGGAGACUCUGAUCGUGAUAGAGCUAACGUCGAAGCUGCGAGAGUUCGGGAGGCGUGGGCCACAGCACGAGACACAUUAGGCGCCGAGCUAGUACAGGCUGAAGUCGCCCGAGCUUUGGCCCGCGCCGCACAGCUUUGCGAAGAGCGCCUCGACGAGUCGCGCAAGGGACGCCUCACUCUCACCGCACAGGACCGCGCCGACCUCGAGCUGUGGUGGCAGGCGGCACACGACCAUCUGCGCUGCGAGAUGGACGCGGCCGUGAGGGACAUUGCGGUGCGGUACCGGGAGUGUCUCGCCAACGGUCGACGGGAAGGCUCGGCCGGGCUCGACAGCCGAGCGCUGCUGCAGCAGCUUGCCGAGGUCCUAGCGCAGAGGGCUCUGGUGGACGCGAGAGUGGCCGUGCUGGAGGGCACGUACCGCGCGGCCCCGCCGGACCGGGACUCCGCCCCCCGUGCAGACGACGCCCUGCGCUCGCUGGAGACCGACCCCGCUCAGGAAGCGGAGUUCGUUUAUCUCUUUCAGCGCUUCUCAACCGAGUGUCGCGCGCUCUUCUCCAGUGACUGUUCCGGUAACAGUGAAGACUCGAUGAAGAUCAGCGAGAGCCUCGAGCGGGUGGAGGCUGCCGUGGAGGCAGUGCGGCGCCAGCUGUCGGCCGUCCGCGGUGACGUCAGCACCGAGCUCCCGGGGGGUAGCGACGAGCGCGGGGAGGGCGCGCUUGGUCGCAUAGAGGUGCUCCGGCGGCGCGUCGAAGCUCUGCAAGCGCUGGUGCCGUGCCAGCACUGCAAGCAGCUGCAGGACGCACUGGACAGGCUGCACGAGGAGCGUGCGCGCGGGGAGUCGGCGCUGGCGCAGCAGGCGGGCGCGCUGGCGGCGGCGCGGCGCGCUCGCACCCAGCUGCAGACGCAGCACGAGCGGGAGCGCACGCAGCUGCGGGAGCGGGCGCGCACGCUGCAGCGCCGCCUCGCCGCCCUGGACUCCGAGUACUCCGCACAGCUCGAGAGCCUCCGAGCGGCGUACCAGAGCGCAGUGUCGGCGGACACGCACGGCGACAACCUGAGGGUCCGAUACCAGCAGGAGAUCGAGCAACUCCGCGCGCUGUGCGAGAAGGGACUCCUCGCCAUGGAGAGCUCACACCGGCGCAUCGUCAGGGAGAUGGAGGAGAAACACCGCGCCGAGAGAGAACAACUCAGGCUGGACAAGGAGCAGGCUUUAGCAGAGGAGACGCGAGCGACCCUGGCGGCGCUGGACGCCAUGCGGAAGGCUCAUGAGAGCGAAGUGCGAAGAGAGGUGGAUAAGUUCAAAGCGGAGUUCCUGAGCAGAGGAGCUCAGAGUGGAGAUCUGUCGCAGCUCAGCUCUAGACAUCAGCAAGAGAUGGAGGAGAUCAAACGCGAGAUCCUAUCCCUCUCGGAGAAGUACUCGGUGAAGUGCGUGGAGUCCGCAGCGCUGGAGGACCGCCUCGCCGCCGCCACCGCGCAGCUCGCACAGGCCCACGGACACAUCCUGCAGCUCGACGCCAGAAACAAACAACUUCGCGCGCACAUCAUCUCGGAAGCAAACGAAAUGAAGAACUCUGAGAGUGUUUCCUCGCCGAUGUACGAAGAGAACGGCACGGGGAAACCGUCAAAGUCGAAUCACUUAGUAGAGGCGAGAGCGGCGCGCCCGGCCAAGAUACAGUUCGCCAAGACGGAGACGACCAGAAACCUACAACUGUCUCCCGUACAGAAUUGAAAACUAGUCGGCGAUGCUCUGUGAGUGGGCGCCCAGCCGUGGGACCCCUCGCCGGGAUGGUCGCCGAGCGAAAGAAGCGCUUUGAACUGCUCUAAGCGACUCUGGAGUGCUGUCGAUAGUGUCACAAUUACGUCUUGUCUAUCGACCAUAAACUUACUAAGACCAUAAAGAUUAAGUUUCUAAAUUUAAAUUAAUCGGCAAAGAAAUUAAACGAACUAAGCCUCGUCUAUGGUCAUAGUAAGCGCUGGGUACCCAUUGUUUGAUAUAAAAAAAAA